CUCUACGACCAAGAGAAUAAUUAGAGAUAGGGAUGUCGUUUCGUCAUUUCAUUGUCGUAUAUGAAAAAUACCGUACGUGGUUUCAUUUCUCCAUCUCUCUCACGCAGCACUAACCCUAAUCCUCAUUCCUCGUCACUCUGUUCAUUGUUUUCCUUCAACUGCUUUCUGCAUACAACCCAUCAACCCCCACUGUCUCACCACUGACCAAGCUCUCAGAGAUUUCUAAAAUGGAGGACAGAGAAACUGAGGACCAAUUCCAGCCGCUUGCGUGACCCGCAAGCAAGUUUCAUUCUGGAUUAUUUGAAUUCUGGAUUUCAUUAUUUUCGAGAAUUAGGGUUUCGAAUUUUCGUUUUUGUUUAUUAUUGGUUGCAGAUAUUAAUAUAUAAAACUAAAAGGCUUCUGAAUCGAUUGGGGGUAUCGUAUCGUCUUUCAAUGAUGAAUGAAAAUGGCAGCACGGUUCGUUAAAAGCAAAAAAGUUAAACCAUGGCUUCUGCUAGCCAGAGAGCUCAGACAAAGUUUUCUCCAACUGCUCCCCAUUUUAUUAAAAUUAUUCUUAAUGAAAAUAUUGGGAGAACCAAGUUACAAAUUCCUAAGACAUUUUGGAUGAAAUACUGUGGUUCCUUGUCGAGUCAAAUAAUUCUUAAUCUUCCAUGUGGAUCAAGAUGGGAGGUAGGGUUGACAAAAAGUAGUGAUGGAAAAGUAUGGUUAGAAAAAGGUUGGAAUAAAUUUGCACAACAUUUUUCUUUAAGCAGGGGAAAUCUAGUGGUUUUCCGAUAUGAAAUGAGAGAGUUCAAUGUGAUUAUAUUUGGAAUAACUAUGGUAGAAAUUGAUUACCCAUCUAAUCCAAUCCUUGUUAAGAAGCAUGUACAUAUUGAUGGAGAUGAUGUUUCUUUUGAAGUCUUGGAAAAAUUUUCACUGCAUCCUAAAUCAAGGGUAAAAUCUCCAUUACCAUGUUCUCAGCCCCACAAGAAAAUGAAACAAAGUCCUCUUGGUAAAGUUAUGGAAAAAGGAAGCUCAUCAAUCAAAGUAGAAUCUGGUGACACUAUAGAUAACACAACCACUGGCUUGCCUACCUCGAAAAGAUACCAGAAAACCUUGUCUGUCCAUAGAAACAUCUCAGCUGUUGAAAGGGCCAACUACUUUCAAUCUGAAUAUCCUUUCUUUACUGUUAUUAUGAAAGCAUCAUAUACAACUGAUCGGAGAAAUUUCCAUAUACCACGCUGGUUUGCACAAACAUACAUUAAGAAGGAAGAAUGCAAAGCUAGCCUUUGGAUUUCAGAUGAUAAAUCUUGGCAUGUCCAGUACAAAGUUCGAUUGACAAGUGGAUCAACAGCAGCCGAAUUCAUCAAUGGAUGGAAAGCAUUUGUGGUGGAAAACAAUUUGGAAGUGGGAUCUAUUUGCAAAUUUGAACUGACUAAUAUUGUCAAUGAUGUUUCAUUUAGAGUUUCUAUUGUUAAGCCUGAUGAUGAUGCACAUAACUACUUAGCUACAAAAUUAGCAAGUACAUCAAAGCAAAAUGUGAGAUAUGAUGCUUCUUCUACUAAAAAGAAUGACAAAGCCAACAUAUUUCCACAGAACAUAAUUUCAGAGAAAGAAGAGAAAAUUGUUGUUAAACUUUCAGUGCAGAUAAGUCCAGGAAGCUCAUAUCUGAGGGAAAUAUGGGCAAUUUAGGCACUAGCAAGAUGCUUCAUCUUCAGAAAAUCCCAGCUUCCAAGUGACUUUGCAAUCAAAUCUUUCUCAUAAUCUGCUUAUUCCAUUGACUUUUGCAAGGCAUUAUUUUGGGCAAAACACACAAAUUAUGACUCUUUGGGUUGGUGAGAAAUAUUGGCAUGUGAAGUUGUUGGCUUAUAAAUCAAAGUAUAAGUUUUCUGCUGGAUUUGCUGUAUUUGCAAGACAGAAUUCUCUUCAGCCCGGAGAUAUCUGCAUCUUUGAGCUUGAUUAAGAGAAAUCAAGCUGAGAUGAAAGUUUCCAUAACUAGACCAAGUGUGAGAUUAUUACUUCAUAAUUAAUAUGUAAUGAUGAUGCAUAUAAUCAUAAUCACCUUGGUGAAAUGUAUUGCUGAUCAUACAUAAUCACUUCAAGGUCAAAACUUCUAAUCUUUGAAAGUACUAGUUAGAUUUUAUUAUUGCUUUAUGUAGCUUUACAAGUCUGUUAGAAUUGUAAUUUUCAUUGAGUGUCGUUUAUAUGUUUAAAGAAACUGUUUAGAUUUUAUUUUAUUAUAAAAAAAAUGGCCUCCUCUUUUGAAGGGAUUUUUUUUUUGUUA